AUGUUUCGAGCUUAUCAAAAAAGCGCUGAUAUCGACGAAGAUCUUGCCAAAGCAAAUGAGCUGGGACUAACAUGUGUGAAAUUGAUGCAGUCGUUGCUGGAAUGUAUGAUGCGCCAGUCAGAAAAAGUGGAGCAGUUUAAAUUACAUCAACGAAAGAAUGAUGCGCUUCACGCGAAGUACUCAGCACGAACGAAGAGCACAGUGGUGGGCGACGGCGAGUGGGGACAUCUCCAGAUCGAUGCCAUAUCCCUCUUCCUACUUACAUUAGCCCAAAUGACUGCAUCCGGUUCGUUUUCGCGGACUAUUGUUCGUAACUUCGACGAAGUGGCAUUUGUGCAAAAUCUUGUUUAUUACAUCGAAGUUGGCUACAGAACGCCGGACUAUGGCAUUUGGGAGCGUGGUGAUAAGACAAAUCAGGGAAUCCGAGAGCUCAAUUCGAGUAGUGUUGGAAUGAUAAAAGCAGCUUUACAAGCGAUGAACGAUGUCGGAGACUUGUUUGGUGAUGGUUCGAAAGGAUCGGUUAUCCACGUACUACCUGACCAGAUCCAGCAGUGUUCCGCAGUGCUGUCUUCCAUGUUGCCGAGAGAAUCCUUCUCGAAGGAGACUGACCUGGCCCUUUUGACCGUCAUUUCGUAUCCAGCAUUUGCGAUGGAGGAACAGAGCUUAAUACAGCUUACGCGAGAAACAGUCAUUGAUACUCUGCUCGGACGUUACGGCUGUCGACGCUUUCUUCGCGAUGGAUAUAAAACACCCCUUGAGGAUCCAUCCAGAUUGUAUUACAAUAACGCUGAGCUGCAACAGUUCGAAGACGUUGAGUGUGAGUGGCCGUUGUCAGUCUGUUAUCUCUUGCUAGAUGCCAUGUUUUCACGCGACGAUACGAUGGUCGAACAUUACUGGUCACUUUUGGAGGAGGUUAGUUUUAUUCGAGACCGCCGAUUAAGUUCUGGUUUAGUGGUGAUCGUUGUUCUGCGUGGAGGUUUGCGAUUAGUGCCGGAGCUUUACAGAGUGCCAUAUGAGAAAGUUGCUAACGAAAAACGGCAACGUGGAACACAAGACAGAGAACCCGCUGGAGCUAUGUAA